AUGAAUCAAAGGGAUACUCUGUGGAUAUUAACUGCUGUACUUAAUGCAACAAACUGCUCCAUGCAAUUAGAACACAGUUCUUCUUUCAUACUGAGGCCUAACAAUCAAGUGGUGGUGUUCCCAUUCAUCUUCAGAGGGUGUAAUAUUGCUGUGCUACCAACAGCAAAGCACAGCGACUUGAGGAGAAACCCCAAACGCAUGGAAGACUCCGAACCUCUCUUCUGUAAUAUUUCUCAUAUAAUAUGGAGUUUCACAAUUGGUGGUGUGGCAUACAAAGACGAUGAUCGGUUUAAGAGGUUGUUCAGUGAAAGAAUGGAAGGCUAUUUGAAGGACAUAUCUUCAAAUACAUCAAAGGUGUACAUGAAAGGAAACAAGACCUUCAGUGAGUUUUUGGAGGCAGUGUAUAAAAGGAUAUUCCAAUGCGAUGGAAAGCGGGGUGGACAUGUAAUGAGGUACGGAGAGGAUGUUAUGAAAGAAAUCGGUGGGAUGAUGGAAAAUGCACCUCCUGAACUGUCCGAAGAAGAAAAAAGGCAGCACCAAAGGCUUUGGGGUAACAUUAAGAAAUAUACAGAGUAUCUUUAUAAUAUAGAAAGACUGAAACAUCUAAUUGAGGUAGAGAAGAUGGUAUGCGAUGCGUGCAAGGAGAUCUGCCUUGGGUUGAGGGAGGAGGAGCUGAUGGGAUUGUUAGCCGAGGGAAGAAUGAGAAAGUCUUUGAAAAUGAAGCUUGGCGAUGAGGAGGCCGGUAAGAAGGGAUACUUAGAAUAUGCUAUUGUUAAUGACGAGAUCUUAUUGGAUGCACACAGAGAGUAUGGAGGAGAGGUUACAAAGGAGUUGGUCAUGCAGAUGCUGCUGGGGAAGAAGGGAGAGGAGAUAGACAAGAGAUAUAUCAAUAAGGUUGCAAAUAUGAUCAAGGAAAGGCAGAGAAGAAGAGAAAGAGAGAUAGAAAAGAGAGUGAAAAAGCUGCUGAGGGACGAGGAGAAGGCAAAGGGCAGGAAGGAUGGGAAGAAGAAGAGUGUGAAUGUUUCUGAGGUCAAGGAAGAGGAGAGCGAGACAGAAGAGGUGGAGGCAGGUGAGGAGGCGGAGAUGCCGUCCAUGGAGAUUGGAGGAGCACGCAGGAAGACGGGGAAGAAGAGCAGGGGUGGUCGGAAGCGCUACAAGAUUCACAAAAGAGUUUCCCGAUGGAGAAAGAGCCCAGAGAAGAUCAAGGAGGAGUGGGACAGGGAAAGCGAGGAGAGGUGGAGGGGAAGGUCUCUUGAAGAGAUCAAGGAGCAGAAGGUGUUCCAUGACAUAGCGGGUGUGCUGGAACUUCUCAGGAGUGAAGAUGCAGACAAGUUCUUUAUAGAUACAGGAGAGUACACCAAGGGCGGGAGUUCUCGGGGCCGUCUGGUGGCAAUUGGGGUUCUUGAGAGCGGAGAGAAGAAGAUGCUAGGAGUGGUGGAGGUUGGGACGUUCAAGGACUCUCCUAGUGGAUGCCCAGUUGUGUACCACCUGAUGUUCCGGGUUACAGGGAUAGAGGAGAUAGGAAGUGUUAUGAGCCCAGAGUUUGCCGAGGCCAAUGAUAUUGAGAAGAUAGAUGAGGAUAAGGAAUACCAGGAUAUGGGCAAGUUUGUAUAUCCAAAGGGUACAGAGUAUGAGAUAGUGAGGAGGGAACAGUCGUUCCAGAUAGUGUGGGGGAAUCCAUUUGACACCUCUGAGGUUCUCUGCCGUCUCACGAUUCAGUGCAGGCCAUGUGUGAUCUGA